UUUUAAUUCAUAUUUAAUGAGAACCAAGUAUACUUUUAAUUUUAGGAUAAUUCUUUGAUGGCUACUUUCGUAUGUACUGCAAUUUGUCCUGAAAAAAAUAUCAACAUUCAUGCUCAGGAACCAUGGCCUCAAUUGAUACAAUUAUAUAGACCAUUCGAAGUAGAACAAAUAUUAUUGCCAGACAAUGCUAACUGUCUUGCUGUUCAAGCUUUUCUCAAAAUGUGUAAUUUGGAGUUUCAAAUAAAGUCAAGAAGAGAUGCCGAGUAUAUGUCUCCAAAUGGUUCUUUACCUUUUAUUAAAUGUGGUGCAUUUGUACUAUCUGAAUUUGAUAAUAUAGUGUCCUUUAUUUCAAACAAAGGGACAAGUUUAUCCAACCAUUUAAAACCUGUAGAUAAAUCAGAUAUGAAAGCUUAUAUUUCAUUAGUCAACAAUGUUUUUGUGAAUGCAGAACUUUAUAUUUGUUGGGUCGAUCAAACAACAUUAGAAGAAGUAACUAAACAAAGACAUGGAAGUGUUUAUCCCUGGCCUCUUAAUCAUUACUUGAAUUGGCAAAAGAGAAAACAAGUUAUAAAAAGGCUUACCGUACUUGGUUGGUAUAAUAGAACUUUAAAAGAAGUCUCUAAUGAAGUUGAAAAUUGUUGCGUGAUAUUAUCAGAAAGAUUGAAUGGGAGAAACUUCUUUUUUGGUGACAAAAAUCCAAAUGAAUUGGAUGCCCUCGUCUUCGGACAUAUUUUUACGAUUAUUACAACACCUCUUCCAAACAACGUUCUGGCGAAUAUUGUCAAGAAUUUCCCAACACUCGUGAAUCUCUGCAAACGCAUCGAGAAUAGAUGCUUAGUGGGGGAAAUCGUUUGGAUUAUUUGACACGACGCUAAGAGGCACUACUGCGCCUUCAUAUUUUCAACGAAAACGGCCAAAAACUGGGUUUACGUAAAAAAUUCUCCUCGUUACAAUUUUUAUUCGAUUUUGAUGAUCAACGGAUCAUUCGAAAGAUAAAAGAUAAAUAUAUAAAUUUAUCUUUUUUCAUUAAUAUAUUUAAAAACAAUCCUUUUGCGUGAAAAUUACAUUUAAAAAUAAUCUUUUUUUUAAAUACGUUGUAUGUAAAGAAAAUAUUUUUUUUUCAAAAUUCGUUAAUGAUAAUCUUGUGUGUUUAUCCUUUAUAUUUCGAAUAAGUGAUUGUUCAUCAAAAUUAUACUAAGUUGAUCAGAAGAAUUUUUGAUCAACAAAUUGAACAAAUUGAUCAGAAGAAUAAAUUAUUGUAAAUAUAUAGAACAGUAAACAAUCUUAAUACAUAUCAUCAUUCUUUAUUCUGGAUAAGGAAUAAAAUAUGGAUAUAAAUAAAAUAUGGUAUAUUUAGAAAAAUCAAGGUUUUGCAAAAAUUAAUUUAUAUAUCAUGAUUACUCGAGUAUGACAUUUUCUAAAAUUUUAUUAUGCAUUAGCAUUAAAGAUUCUCACAAUUAUUUUCUAACAUUACUGAUUGAAUGUACUGUUUUACAGGUAGUUAAUAUUGAUAUACAUGUUUGUAUAGAAUAACUCAAAAAAUAUGCAACAAUUGAUAAUGAAAGAAUAUACAAAUUUUAAUGUAUAUGAGAUGUUAAUACAUGCAUAUGGUAAGCAUAUGUUAUAAUAACAUGGUUUAAAAUUUAUUGCAAUUUAAAAUUUGAUGCCAACCAUGUGCGUGUGGUUUUUUGUGGAAAUCAUAAAAAUUUCCAAGACAAUACAUUUCUUAUUAUAAUGUUAUGUAUUAUCUUAGUCAAUUUUUUUUUUGAUACAGAUUAUAAAUUACAUAUGAUUUUAUAAACCUGCAUUUAUCUAUCAUGUAUAAUUAUAUAAUUAUAUUACACACACAUAUACAUAUAAUUAUAUAAUUACUAAUAUAUUCUUAUACAUAAUGUAUUCAAACAAUCUUCAGGCUAUAAUACUUUAUCGUAACAAUGUAAUUAACGAAAGAUUUUCAUUUUAUUAAGAUAUCAGGGUUGAGAUCAUAUUUUUCAUGUAACUAUGAUGAGUAUGUCAUUUUUCUAUAUAUUUAUAAGCAAAUCGUCUCCAAGUUUAUAUUUUUCUCAUAUUGAAAUAACAAUGAUUUUCAUAAUGACUUAAGCUUAAUAAAAUACAUUUAUAGUAAAACUAUUUCAAAAUGUUCCCAUAGAAGCUUUUACUAAAUUUGUGAAUACGAAUUACUCUCAUCUUUAAACAACUACUGCCAAAUAUUUUUAGUAUAAUUAACAUUUUGUACUUAAGGUACACAUAUUUGAUAGCUCAUCAUUCGUCUCUGAAUAUUGUACUCUAUAAUUUUCUCUCCACCUUUUUUGCAUAUGUAUUGCAAAUUCAUGUGCAACUACUUUAAUUAGAAGUAUAUAUUUAUAUAUACUUAUGUUUUAAAUGCAAAAAAAAGAAAUAUUGUAUAUUUGGAAGUCAGAAAAAGUUUGGAGGUUUAUUCGUGUAUAUUUAUAUGCUUCUAAACAAAUGUUCUCAUAUUUACUAUGAAAAGUAUAUGUAUGUUAAAAAUAAAUGACACUAUUUAUUGUUGUAAUGCUAUUAAUUUAAAUGGGAAUGAAGGAGAAAAGAGAAGUUGGCAUAUCAUUAAAAAAUAAUAAAUAGUCAAAGAUAAUAAAGUAUAAUUUUGAUUAUUUUGAUUGUUUAAAUUUAUUUAUACUAUUUUUUUACUUCGAAAAAGAAUUACAUAUUCUCUUUUCCCCCAUGUUCAUAAAUAUAAUUUCGAAUUUUCUCUAUAUAAUUAGUGCUCAUUAUUAACUUUGAUAAAUUAUAGGAUUUACUAGAAUAACAAGUAAUGAAUAAAACAAAUUGAUGUAACAGUAUUACAUCAUAUUUUUAGGAAAUAUUUCGUAUAUAAGGAAAUUAUUAUUUUUUAUAAUGUAAAAAUAAUAAAAAGAAAUGCAUAUUCUUUCAAAAAUAAAAUUCAUAUGGCCAGAAAUUGGUUAAAUUUUAAUAAAAUAUAUUAUGUAUAAAAACUAUUUUUAUGGAAUAUUAUUACCGAGAGGAACUAAUUUUAAUAAAUAAUGCAAAUAUAUAGGAAAUUGAUAAAUUAUACAAAAAAUCAGAUAUUAUUUCAGAAAAGUAUUAUAUAGAUAAAGUGUUAAAUAUUAUUUAUGGUAUUGUUAGACAUGUUCAAGUGAUGAAAUUAAAAAAAAAUAUAUAUAUAUAAAAUAAAAACUUUAACUUUGUAAUCUUGCAUUACGUAAGAUUGUAAUUAGUAAUGCUAUUGUCGUUAUGUGAUAUCACUGACUUAUUAAAACACAGAUCUGAUAUAUAAAGAAAUUAAUUGUCAAAAUCGAUUAAUUUUUAAUCUCGUGCAACAUGAAAUCUUCGAAGAUAUUCUUAAAUUUAUGUUGUAUUUGUAUUAUUAUAUAACGGUAGACGAUCGAAAGUGAUUCCAUUAUGGAAUUGGAAAGCAUGAACUAUCUCUUAAGGUUGCAUGAAACUGUCGAAUGUAAUUCACUAAUAUUUGUUAUAUUUAUGCGUAAAGAUAAUUAGUGAAAUAUCAAUAAAUUUUUUGUAAAGUG